AUGCUUGAUCAUAAAGUCGAAACUGACCAACACAAGGAAGAUGCAAGGGCAAUUAUGGUAGAUCUCCAUCAUAGUAUCCGCGGAGACCAAGGUUGUAGUGAAAGCCAACAACAUCGAACAAGCUUGGCGCAAGCUUUGGACAACUCGAGCAACUAUUUCUUUGACAUGAGCGAUCGAUGGAGGGAUGCGUUUCUCGAUUCUCUUCAAGAUCCAAUAUAUCCAGCAUCAGAAGAAGUCGAUCUAUUACAUGAGCUGCAAAAAGUCGAUCUACUGCGAGGCAUCCAGAACAUGCUGUUGGGGGCAAGCUAG